AUGCGUUUUCAGUCUCAGGUUACAGCUCUUGUCUUUGGGACGCUUGUAACAUCCAUCCCCGUGGAGCCAAACGUUGGGUGCAGCAUCAGCCAAUCUAGCAACGUGCUUACAACUAGUGGCCUUAUUACCGGACAUGUUCCAUGGAAUUCAGACUGUGUUGUCGAAUUCUUGGGCAUCCCUUAUGCACAACCACCAGUCGGCCAGUUGCGAUUCGAAGCUCCUGUCAAGCUCAACGCCAGUUCAAAGCCUUACAUAACUUCAAAGUAUGCGGGUGCAAAGUGUGUUGCAGAUUUUUUGGUUGAUGGUGCCACUCCUCAGAGCGAGGAUUGCCUAUAUUUAAACGUUUGGACCAAAGCAACUAAUGUCGCAGAUGCUUCCAAGCCCGUCUUGGUCUUCUUCUUUGGAGGAGGAUUCAACCUUGGAGGCACUGACACUGCGUUCUACAACGGCAAAUACUUUGCGGGCGCGCAGGAUGUAGUCAUUGUUACGGUUAACUACCGAAUUGACGUCUUCGGCUUCCCUGGAGCCCCAGGCCAGCCUGCCAACCUUGGUCUCCGUGAUCAGCGCGUUGGUGUUGAAUGGGUUCGCGAUAAUAUUGCCGCAUUUGGAGGUAAUCCUGAGAAGAUUACUAUCUUUGGACAGUCUGUUGGGGGCGAAGCAGUUGACUUUUGGGCCUAUGCUUAUGAGCAAGAUCCUAUUGUCAGCGGCAUCAUAGCCCACUCUGGAGUGAACUGUACGAGUGAAGAAGAUCAAUUGGCUUGCGUCCGACAAGUCGAUCCAUCUCCCAUUUUUGCUCCCUUCCCCGAUGAUGAGGUUGUCUUCUCUGACUACAUCAACGGAACCACUGCAGGUCAUUUCGCCAAGGUACCUAUCAUGCUUGGAAAUACGAACAACGAGGACGGCUUCUAUCGUCUCGUUCCAUUUGCCCAAACAGGUCUUCUACCGACCUCUCAAGAUGUUACCCAGUUUCUUCUCAAAUCUUUCACGUGCCCAGUAACCUUUCAAGCUGCGGCUUCGUCGCAGCCAUGGGGUUCCAGCAUGGACCUUUCGAUAUAUGGCUGA